CCGACGCAGGCGGCGUUUGUUCACCUUGCCAAGUUUAGAGGUCAAAUUACGGCUGGUUCCCUAAUCCCUGUUGAAAGAGGUCCAAGAGGAAUUUAUUAAAAAGUUAAAUAUUUUCAAACUAUUCAAAAAACAAAGCAGCACAGAGCCAUGGGUCGUAAAUUCGUCGUCGGUGGAAACUGGAAAAUGAACGGCACCAAAGCCCAAAUCAACGAAAUUUUAACUUUUCUCAAAGCUGGUCCAUUAGAUGCCAAUACUGAAGUAGUCGUAGGAGUCCCAGCAAUUUAUUUGGACUAUGUUAAAUCCAAUGCCCCUGCGAAUGUUGAAGUGGCAGCUCAGAACUGUUACAAAGCCGAUAAAGGAGCUUUUACUGGAGAACUUUCACCACUUAUGUUGAAAGAUGUCGGUGUUAACUGGGUUAUUUUGGGCCACUCUGAACGUCGACAAAUUUUCGGUGAAUCGGACGAGUUAAUAGCAGAUAAAGUAGCUUUUGCUUUGGCUAAUGGAUUGAAAGUCAUCGCUUGUAUUGGAGAAACUUUAGAGGAGCGGGAAUCGGGUAAAACUGAGGAAGUUGUCUUUAGACAAACUCAAGCUAUUGCGAAUAAAAUUAAGGACUGGUCCAAUGUGGUAAUUGCGUACGAACCAGUCUGGGCCAUAGGUACAGGAAAGACUGCCUCCCCACAACAAGCUCAAGAAGUCCAUCAAUCGCUUAGACAAUGGAUUGCUAAAAAUAUCAGUCAGACUGUAGCUGACUCUGUCCGGAUCCAAUAUGGAGGUUCAGUCACUGGAGCUAACUGUAAAGAAUUAGGAUCUCAAGCCGACAUUGAUGGUUUCUUGGUAGGAGGUGCUUCCUUGAAACCGGAAUUUGUUAAUAUUGUCAAUGCUAAGCAAUAAAAUUUGUUUUAAUGGUUGGUGCUAGCGGUACCUUCUUUUGGUAAAGAACAAAAAUAUUAAAUGAAUUUGUAUAGUCGAUGAAAAGGUCAAACAUUUUAAAGCUGUUACUAUCGUAUUGUGGUAAUGACCUAAUAAUAUUGUGAUUUGUAAGAAUGUUGUAAAUUUAUUGUGUUCACAUCACGUGUUGUAUUAAAAUGAGAAAUGUUAUUUUUUCUUCAUAGUUGGCUAUUUUAUUAAAAUAUGUUAUGUUUAACAUUUUAUUUACAUUAACUCUACCUAUUGAGAGAUGCAUCUUUUUAUUUAUAUUAUAAUUUAUAUUAUUUCUAUUCAAUAAACAUUUGUCUAUUAUUA